AUGAAAAGAAAGGAGAUUCAACUAGAGAGGAUCUUGACCAUCUUCACAACCAUCGACUUAUCGCUCAACUCUUUUCAGGGGAACAUCCCAAGUGUUAUUGGAAAUCUUCAUUCUCUCGUAGGACUCAACCUUUCCCACAACCACCUCGUGGGUUCCAUUCCUUCAACCUUUGGAAAUUUGACUAACCUUGAAUGGCUACAUUUAUCUUUGAACAAGCUUAAUGGGAGGAGGGUUCCCAUAGAACUGGGAGAUUUGUCAUUCCUUGGGUAUUUGUACCUCUCAGAGAACCAACUUACAGGCCCCAUACCUCAAGACAAGCAACUGAACACAUUUACACGUGACUCAUUUCGUGGAAACCAAGGCUUAUGUGAAACUCCAUUACGAAACACAUGCCCCGGUGAUGCUCAACCUCCUCCACCACCAUCAUCAUUCUUCCAAAAGGAUAGUACAAGAGAGCAUGGUAACGGGUUUGAUAGGAAAGCAAUCGGGAUAGGCUAUGCAUCUGGAAUUGUGAUUGGAAUCUCAAUAACGUAUGUUACAUGUGAAAUUGGAAGACCCAAACAGCUUGCGUAA